GGAAAAUCUUCGGCAGACAAGAGUGGUUGGAGUUUCAGGAAGAGGUCUGCUAGGCAUCGAGUACUCAGUAAUACCGUGAUCUCAGAGCUUCCACCACCUGCUGGGAAUAAGGAGAGCCUUGAAUCCACAUCUCAUGAAUUUGCAGAGCAGGUUACAGUCUCUGUUUCUGAAAAGAUCUAUGUGCCUCCUAUUGUCACCGAGACAAAUCCAAAGCCUCCUAUUGAGACAAAUCCUAAGCCUUCCAUUGUGGAUGAGAAAAAUCCAACCAGUGUGAUCCCGAAAUCAGCAGAUGGCUUUGAUGGUAACGGGAAAAUUGGUACUAUUGAGAGCAGCAGCCCAUUGGAAUCUGUAGUCAUAGUCAUCCAGGCAGCUAUUAGAGGAUACUUGGCUCAGAGAGAGCUCUUGAAGCAAAAGAAUGUAGUUAAGCUGCAAGCUGCCAUUCGUGGGCAUUUGGUAAGGAGACAGGCUGCUGGAACUCUCCGUUGCGUGCAGGCGAUCAUCAAAUUGCAGGCACUUGUACGGGCCCGUCGUGUCCGCAUGUCAAAAGAAGGAGUGGCUAUUCAAAUGAAGCUUGAGGAGAAGCGGAAGAAUGACGUAGUGAGAGUGAACUCCUCGGUACUGUUUAGGGGGAAAAAGAAAGUAGAUACCCUGAAACUUAUUAGGGUGGAACAACAACAAUAAUAAAAGUGAUAUUUACAAAAGAAUACCAUUUUAUUUUCAAAUUUAAAGAUAGUUCCAUAUAUUUUUACACUCAAGUCCCACUUUUUGAGAGCAUGUAGUGUAUUUUUAUUUUAUAAUUUCUAUAUUAUUUUCUGUAUAUUGGAUUAAGCUCAAAAUUUUGGGCCUGCAUAUUUCUCACCAUGAUUUAUUUCUAAUAACUGUGAAAAAUUCAUUUGACAGAAAUUAAAUGGCCAAAAUAUUCCUGCAUCUUGUGGGGGUAUUUUGGUCUUUUUAUUAUUGAAUGUUUUUUACAAAUGCGUGACGGUGAAAAGUACUGACAUGCCAAAUUUGAGCUUGACCAAUGUAUAGAAAAAAUAAAGUUAAAAUACGUUAUAUUCUUGCAAAAGGUGGGACUUAAGUGUAAAUUAUGAAAUAUAUGGGCUUAUUUUUAGUUGGAAAAAGGCUUUGAGGAUGAUUAUUUAAA